CAAUCACAGCUCCGCCUUCGAUUAGCCAGCCUGGCCGACUUGCUGUUGCUGAGCAGCACCAGGCAGCAGGCAGCGUCCGAAGAGGACCGAAGGCGUUCCGGAGGUGAGGAGCAGCUUUCCCGCGGUAGACCAAAACGUCCAUUUUAUAGUAUUUGGGGUUAAAAGGGGUACUGUACGUGCCGUUUCAAGAAGCGUACUGCCUUGUACAUACUUAGUGGCGGGCUGAGAGGGGGAGCUAACUGGGACUGUCCGCCGCGCUGCUCUCUAACCGCCCCCCCCCCCCACGGCUCCGGCCAGCCGCUCGGAACUUAGCCCACCGCCCCCUUUUGCUCGUGGCCCCGCUUCAUUCCAAGCAUGGCGGCGCUCCUCCGUGCCAGGGCCAUUUAUGACUUUAACUCGGAGAAUCCCGGUGAGGUGUCGGUGCGCGAGAACGAGAUAGUAAGUUUGUACAGCGAGCAGGACAUCGAGGGCUGGCUGGAAGGUACGAAUAGUAAAGGCGAGAGGGGGCUCUUCCCCGCGUCCUACGUGGAGAUCCUGCGGGGGGACAACAACAACACGCUCGGGGAUGCGCAAUCCGAGUCCCGAUACGCCAACGUGCCAUCCGCGGCGGGAGUGGAUAAUGCCUUCCCGCCCCCUGCGCAGCAACCGACCUACCAGCAGCCCAGCCAGGGCAGCGAUGAUGACUGGGAUGACGACUGGGAUGACAACUCCACCGUAGCGGAGGAGCCGGGCACUACGGGAAACCGUUACCGGGACUUCGAUGGCAACGGGGCUUCCACCUACAGCGUCUCCACGUGCUCCACGGCAAGAGGACAGCACCCCAAAAGCUCAGCGACAGUCAGCCGGAACCUAAAUCGGUUCUCCACUUUCGUCAAGUCCGGAGGUGAAGCCUUCGUGCUGGGUGAGGCGGCGGGUUUUGUGAAAGACGGAGAUAAGAUAUGCGUGGUGAUGGGCCAGCACGGUCCCGAGUGGCAGGAGAACCCGUACCCGUUCACCUGCACCAUCGACGACCCCACCAAGCAGACCAAGUUCAAAGGGAUGAAGAGCUACAUGUCGUACAAGCUGACCCCAACGCACACCCAGGAGCAGGUGAACAGGCGCUACAAGCACUUCGACUGGCUGUAUGCCCGCCUGGUGGAAAAGUUCCCCGUCAUCUCGGUGCCUCACAUCCCAGAGAAGCAGGCCACGGGGCGCUUCGAGGAGGACUUCAUCUCCAAGAGGCGGAAAGGCCUCAUCUGGUGGAUGAAUCACAUGACCAGCCACCCGGUGCUGGCGCGCUGCGACGUGUUCCAGCACUUCCUCACCUGCAGCACGGACGAGAAGGCCUGGAAGAUGGGUAAGAGGAAGGCAGAGAAGGACGAGAUGGUAGGCGCCAACUUCUUCCUCACCAUCAGCACGCCGGCAGCGCCGCUCGACUUCCAGGAGGUGGAGAGCAAGAUUGACGGCUUCAAGGCUUUCACCAAGAGAUUGGACGACAGCACCCUACAACUGAACGCCACCGCCGGCGAGUUUGCGCGCAAGCAGAUGAGCGGAUUCCGGAAGGAGUACCACAAGAUGGGCGUGUCCUUCAAAGUCCUCAGCCAGGCUUUUGAGAUGGACCAGCAGGUCUACUCGGCCGGACUCAACCAGGCCAUCUCCUUCACGGGCGACGCCUUUGAAUCCAUCGGAGAUUACUUUGCAGAUCAGCCCAACAAGGAUCUGGACCCUAUCAUGGACCUGUUGGCUCUUUAUCAGGGACACCUAGCCAACUACCCGGACAUCAUCCAUGUCCAGAAAGGCGCCUUGACCAAGGUGAAGGAGAGCCAGCGUCACGUGGAGGAGGGCAAGAUGGAGGCGGCGCAGGCGGAGGGCAUCACCGAGCGCUGCAACAUCAUCUCAUGCGCCACGCUGGCCGAGAUCCAGCACUUCCACCAGAUCCGCGUGCGGGACUUCCGGGCGCAGAUGCAGCACUUCCUGACACAGCAGAUGGCCUUCUUCCACAAGAUCACCGCCACGUUGGAGGAAGCCCUACGCAAGUACGACGCCGCGUAGCCUCAUGCGUGUCCCUAUGCCUGUUUUUUGACUGAAAAGGCCCAACAGAGGCGCUACGGCUCGGAAGAACUUUCAAGGAGGGCAAGUGCAACCGAGGCUUGGAGGACCAAUAUGUUUGGUCAAUACAGGGGUGUCCAAACUAUGACCACGUGGGACAUUCAAAGCCUGUCGUCCAUUUUUUUUAGAACAAAAACACCCACGGGCAUAUAU